GGAAGGGGGUGGGGCGGGAUGGCCGUGAGGCGGCUGUGGUGCGGAUAGGGACGGGCGGGCGGGGAGAACGGGAAGGAGCCGGAGCGGGAGCCGUGAGCCCGAGCCCUCGGGCAGGAUUCGGUGCUCCCAUCCCUCCCCUCCACCCGGCUGAGCUGGAGCCCUUCUCUGCUGCGCUGUGCAGCCCGGCACCUUAAUGGAUGCAGAAGUUGAUGGUGGCCCGAGAUAUUUGUGGGGUUAAAAGAGUUGAACUGCAACUGAAUAAAACUAGGGCUGAAAAUUGAAGAAUGGCAGCAAAUCCUUCAGGACAAGGUUUCCAGAAUAAAAAUAGGGUUGCAAUCCUGGCAGAACUAGACAAGGAGAAGAGAAAGUUACUUAUGCAAAACCAGUCUUCCACAAAUCACCCUGGAGCCAGUAUUGCACUUGCAAGAUCACCGCUGAACAAGGAUUUCCGUGAUCAUGCUGAGCAACAGCACAUUGCAGCACAGCAGAAGGCUGCACUGCAGCACGCACAUGCACAUUCCUCAGGAUACUUCAUAACUCAAGACUCUGCAUUUGGAAAUCUUAUUCUUCCUGUCUUACCUCGACUUGAGGCAGAAUGAGCAAUGUUCUUUCUCAGAACUGCAAGGUCUGAUUUUUGUCCGUAGCAGGAACUGACCUUUUAAUUUCUUAUUUUAAAACCUAUGUUUUUUCUGGAUUUCUGUGGUUGCCUUUCGGGAGUGUAAACUCUAAUGAUGAAAAAGCAAUGUUGAACAGCAAUUUUUAUCCUUUAUUUCUGUUCCUCUGUCGGGUCAAAAUCAGACAUAAGACUUCCUCGGUUUGUGAAGUGCAUAGCGCUUGCUCUUCCCAGUUUCUGUGCUUCCUUUAAAUAAAUGCCCAAACCAGAGUCAUUAAGAGAUGCA